GGAUGGAAAUAUUUGUACUGGCUGGAAUAUUCUGGACAAUGUAUAAGUGAUAAUAUUUAUGUGGUCACCCAGGGAAAUGAACAAAAGCUCAAAACGAAUCCAGUUGAUGAAGAAAAUGUUCUCAUUUCCUUUGCAACUCUCCUAGAAUUCUUUGUGCCUCUCUGGUAUGUGUUUUGUCUCACCAUCUUACGGCUACAGAGUUAAGGCAAGGUUUGAAUUCCACGAGUCAAAAAUUUGGAGCCCCAAUUUGCAGGGACACACAGGGGCCUGGGCUGGAUUGAGAAGACACUGACUAGCUCAGGCCGUCUUCUCUCCUCCAGCCAUCGUCCAAACGGCUGAGGACAGGCGCUGGGCAGCUGGCUCCUGCCUCUCUGCUGCAGGGAACCAGGUGCCAGGGAUGUGACAGCUGCUCAUGGUGGCUGCUGCGGCUGCUCUCAUUGGGGAUGGCAGAGAUGAGAGGGGUGCUCUUAGUACUGCUUUACGUCUCCCACACGUCUGCCAGUUGUGGCAUCCAGAAAGUCUUCGAUUUGGACAGUUCCGAGGACAACCCGGUCAGCAGCAUGGAGUUCCCAUGGGUGGUGUCGCUGCAGGAUUCCCAGUACACCCACCUGGCUUUCGGCUGCAUCCUCAGAAGGACAUUGUUGUUAUUGUUGGUAUAGCUAACAUGAAUCCCACUAGGAUCACCCACACAGAGUAUCCAGUCAGUACCAUCAUCAUCCACGAGGACUUCGAUAACAAGUCAAUGGGCAAUAACAUAGCUCUCCUGAAGACAGACACGGCAAUAUAUUUCAACGACCUGGUCCAGUCCAUUUGCUUCCUUGGUAGAAAGCUGCAGAUGCCACCAGCCUUGUGGAAUUGCUGGGUGUCAGGAUGGAAUCCCACAUCUGCAGUUAAGACAGGAAAUCACAUGACGAUGAGUGUGCUGAGGAAAAUGUCCGUGAAAGACAUCAGCCUGUGCCCCCUACGCAAACUCUGGAAAACAGGAUGUGGCAGUCACACAAAGGAGGAAACCAAGUCCAUCUGCUUGGGGGAUCCCGGAAGCCCAAUGAUGUGCCAGCUACAGCAGAUGGAUCUGUGGGUCUUGAAGGGGAUCCUGACCGUUGGUGGUGAGGAUUGCCCUGGCAUAUUUCUGUACACAAAGGUGGAUGACUACAGCAACUGGAUCAUGUCCAAGACAGAGAGCGCUGGCCUCCCCGUGUCUUCACUCCACCACUGGGAGAGGUUGAUCUCUUUUCCCCGCCACCCAUCAUAUGCGGUCACGACACGGAAAACACAGCCUGGACGGAGCCAUAUUGGGUGGUCCCCAUCAUACUUCCAAGGACAAAGGAGAUCCACUGUGCAUUCAUGGAUAACAAACAGUUCUAGAGAUGGUCUAGACUUUAGGGAAAAGGACCUAAGGGAAUCAGGCAAGUCUUCUGAGAUGUCCAUACAACCCAUGUACUAUGACUAUUAUGGUGGGGAAGUCGAGGGGGGGAGAUCUAUGGCAGGUCAGAAUAGGCUGCAUCAGUCCCAAGAAAUUAUUUUGGUGUUCUUCGUGCUUGUUUUCUUUUGCAGCAGUGUCUAGUCUAGAGCUAACUUACCAGACCGAAGAGUGCACUCACAAGGCUGAGUGCCAGGCUUUGACCUUGCUGCCUGGUGUCUGUUUUUGAUCAUUGCACACCUGGCCUGCCACGAAUAGGUCCACAGCACACACGGGGCUGGUUCUCCGUCCCCUGUCCCACUCCCACAUGCGGGAAGGUCACUUUGAUUUGUGCUUGUGAACUAAAUGUGGGCUAACAAGUGUCAAACCAUUAGAGUGCCCUGUGGUUCUUUCAGUGUUAAUGGUUCCAGGGGCCAGGCUAUGAAAACACGCUCUGCAAGCAGAUAUGACCCCAAGAGG